AUAGGUCAGGCAACGACUAGGCGUCUAGUGCAUCUUGGGAACGGCGGCCGGCUGGCUUGUUGUGACAACAGCACAACCGCGUGGGAGCAUGCGCAUUGAAGCGCCAGACGUCGAAAUUGUUUGAUUUAACGCGUAAGAUUAAUGUAGUUAUUGCGUGUGAGAAAUUCUGUGCAUGAUCAUCUUAAAACGUCAUGGCUAGCAUUAAUGAAAUCCAUCAGAAGAGUUCUUUGCCUUCAAUUUUGGAUACUUACUUACCUUUGAGUUAUAAAGGACAGAAUAAAUUAGAAAUUCAGAAAAUAAAUGAGGAAAGAAAGGAAACAAAGCUUACUAAAAUUUCUAAGCUUUAUGAUGAAGAUGAAGAGGAAAGGAGAAUGAUGAAGCAAUCGCUUUUGGAUCAGCACCAUCUUGAGGUGUACAGGAAUAUGUACCGUCUCAGAGAUGCACUGUAUUUACACUAUAUGGACUUAUUGAAACAAAAAAUACACAAACAGAGGUACCAAAUUAAACAGAGAAGUAAUGAGAUGCACAAACAAAAUGAAAGACCUAAAAUACAGAUGAGUCCUGUACAUAAACUACCUUACAACAAGAUAUCCCAUGAUGAUAGGUACCUUCAGUCACUUCCUAAGUCUGGGUACUAUCUGAUUGUAGAAGUGCAGAAUCAGCUGACAAGAUGUGGAUAUUUGAAGACCAGAAGAGAUGUUGAAGAAUUUUGGCAUUUGAUUAGUCAGUUUCAGCAUUCCUCACAUUUAAAAGAGAGACUGCAAGAAAUGAAAUUAAUGAUGAAUGGCUGUAAGACUACACUGAUGUUUCAAAAUUUGCAAACCAAUGAUACAGUGAGAAGCCUACAAAAUACCAUUAGUGUUACUCAGAAAAAUGGUCUACAGUCCACUCAUUUCCGAGAACAGCAGAAAUAUAAGCCAUCUUUGAAUAGCCUUUCAGAAGAUCCAGCUUGUGAGCACAUAGCUCAUCUUUCGAGCAAACACCAGAGGGAACAACACAGAAUUGAGCAAAUGUUUCCUAAGUUACAGAUCCCCAAGUUUUUUUGUUUUCAAGAAGACUUAAAGAAGCAGUACAGAACUCCAGAUGUGGCUUUGGUCUCUAAAUCAUUACAUGCUUGUACAUCUACUGAGCGAGAAGAAAGUCAAAGGAAACUGCACCAUAUGUACAAUGUUUCUUUUACUAAUAUGGCAUCAUCCAAAAGACUACUGGACAGAAAUGGCCAGUUUACAUGCUUUGAAGAUGAGUGCAGCGUGAGAAGUCUGAUCUCAUGUUUUUCACCAGAAGAAAGUAAACUUUCAAAACUCAGGAGGGAACAUUCUGGAAAUAAGACUUUCAGCAUGUUGUCGCCCCAAGACGGUACUGAAGAUGUCACGCCUAAUAGGAAUACAAUCUUAAAAUGUGACAGUUCCAAAGAAACAGUCCCCUCAAAAAGCCUAUCUUCAUGUAAUCCUGCUAUACCCUUAACAAUGGAAGACAUAUGCAGGACUUACCCAGUUCUGGAGGCAAAGACAACCAAAACGUUUUGGGUAAAUUAUGCAAAUUGAAAUGUUGGAUUUAAUGAAGAAGACUCAACUUCAGUGAGCAUCAAAUCAAAUGACUUCAAAGCAAACUAAUUUAUGACUAAGUAUUCAAGAUCUGCUACGUUACUUGACACAUAUGUCUGGAGCAUAGCGUGUUUAUUAGUGCUUACACCAAGAUUCUACUUACAGAUACAUUCUCUAACAAGUUACAAACCCCCACAUUCCUCCUAGAAAUCUCCUGAAAGUUAUCAUCUUUUUAAUGUGAAAAUCUAACAGUUUCAAAAUACAAUAAGGUUGACAAAUAUUCUCCAAAAAUUCUUGGAUGAUAUUUCAAGCUUUAGUAAGUAAUGUGGAUACCUGGUUGAGGAAUCCAGUUUAAACAAUAUGGUUUCUGAUUCAGCUCCUUAGAGUGGACUCUGGACAGCUCCAGGAGUCCAUGUUCAUAUCGUGACCUCAUCGCUGUGCGCGUGGAGUUUGCAUAAAUGGCGACUCUGAAUGUCUCAGUCUGGUUACGUUUGGCAGCACACAGUGGUGUACCAUCCAGGGACAAAUCCUUCCUUGUCUCCCAU